AUGGCUCUUUCACGGCAUCAUGCCGCGCUCUCCCGACCUUUGAACGUGGAAGAGAUCGUGCAAGAAGCACAAAAUUUCGAGUUCAACCCAAAUCGACCUCUACAGCAAUGGAUCCGCGCCGCCAGAAUGCUCCUCACGGAAGCCACCGUCUGCGAGGACGAGGGAAACAUCGCGCAGGCCUAUCUCUACAUCUAUCGACAUGCGGAAUUGGUGCUGGCCAAAUUGCCACAACAUCCGGACUACAGAAAUCCGCAGUUCAAAGCAGAGCUCUCGCAAGCGAGGAAGACGCUCCAGAAGAACCUUGUCAAAAUGGAGGAGUGGAAACCUCGAAUCAACCAGGAGCACGAACGAUAUACCAAAAUUAUGGCUCGCCGAGAUGCAGAGAGGAGAUUGACUCAAAAUGAGCUGGAUGAAGAAGCCGUCCAUUCACAUUCGCGGAGAGGCUCUUAUGACAUGGUUGGCGCUAUGGCCUCGACAACUACUCUCAACGCCCAUCAAGACCGGCGAUUCGCUGUCGACUUGGCCCAGAAGGAAAUUAGAAGACGAGAUGCGAGCAAACGAUCGACCCAUCAAGCAGGCAUCUCACCGCAUACCCGCAUGUCAAGGCGCCCCACAAACUUCGACAACAUAUCAUCCUACAACCUCCCUCCCCCCUCCAUCCCCUCCAAACAAGCCCUCUCCCCUCCCCCUCUCCCCUCAAAAAACCCCCUCUCCGCACCCGCCCUCCCACCCAAACCCUCAACCUCAACCUCCAACCCCACCCAACGCUACACCUUCGCCCCAACAGCAACCACCGAAUCCGGCUCCCCCCUCCGCCCUCUCCUCCUCCCACCAUCCCUCCGUUCCUCAUUCCUCAAACUAGCCUCAACAAACACCGCCCACAACCUCGAAACCUGCGGCAUCCUCGCGGCGACCCUCAUCUCCAACGCCCUCUUCAUCACCCACCUCAUCCUCCCCGAACAGACUUCCACCCCCAACACCUGCGACACCACUCCCGCCGGCGACGCCGCGCUCUUCUCUUACGUCGACUCCCACGCCCUUCUCGUGGUCGGGUGGAUACACACCCAUCCUUCGCAAACAUGUUUCCUCUCCUCCCGUGAUCUCCACACCAGCGCGGGGUAUCAAGUCAUGCUCCCCGAGUCCAUCGCGAUCGUCUGCGCGCCGGGCAAGGAUCCCGACUGGGGGGUUUUCAGGUUGACGGAACCGCCUGGGUUGGACGCGAUUUUGGGUUGUACGCAGACGAGCGCGUUUCAUCCGCAUCAGGAGGGGAGGUUGUAUACGGAUGCGCUUGGGGGGGUGGGACAUGUGGUUGAGGGGCCGGGGUUGGAGUUUCAGGUUGUGGAUUUGAGGGAUGGGAGGGGUGGGGAGGAGGAGGAGAUGGAAGGGGGGUGGAUUUGA